UUUACCUUGAAAGAUGGAAAAGAGCUGGCCAGCCAAAGAGCGUCUACCUCGACUUUGGGACGAAGUUCCUCCUUCUUGCUUCUCCUUCUUUCGCCUUGUGUACGUUUCAUUCGAUUGCCUUUACAUUUUCUUUCCGUCUUUCAGUAAACCUCUCUUUUCUUUUCCUCGAAGAGAAGGGGAUAGCAGCCUCACCCGUUGGCUAGCUCAACACUAAGCGCACGUCUUGUGGCCAUCAACAGUCGACCAAGAGGAGGUGAAGCGGGCGGUUGGUUGGGCAGCGCUUCUACCCAAAACUUUGGUUGGUACUGAAAGAAAAACAACAAACCAAGUAAUGAAUAGUUCUCGUUACUCAUCUAUUAUUAUUUUAUUCGAAAAACUGUUGCAGCACCACGAGACUGCGCUCCAUUCCAAUUGUGACAUUCCAACAGACGUCGAACAAAAUCCCAUCAGCUGACGGGAUCUCCCAAUUGGAGGAAGAACUGUGACCCAAAGAUUUGUCAGACGCCUGGUCGUCAGGAGCAAAGACCCUGUGAAAUAAGAGGCUGUAUCUUAAGUGUUGUUGUAGUGGGUGGAGUGGGAGGUGAAUACGUACAUGGUUUCAUGCCCUUUCUUGACGGGAUCCCACCUCGCAGUGUUCUGUGUCGCUUCAAUGUGUUAUAAAAACACGGACACACCGAGAAAGAAGAGCCGGUCCGUUUCUAUAGUUGAGUCUGCAAUGAAAUGACUUUACCUUGACAGCAAAGGCGAUAACCACGCGUGUGUGUGUGUGACUGGCGUUCAACCUGCUUAUACAUCUCCUUUCGUGUAAAGAAGCUGACUGUGUGUUAAAGAAGCCAUUCACGUUCGUCUCCUGGAAGAUCUAAACAGGAACGAAAAGAAACAAAAGUGGGACGUUAUAUCAUCAAAUCGAGUUUUCCAGUUCUUUUCGGAAAUGGAAUUCAAGUUCAAUGUCAUCAUCAGAUUUUGUUGAUUAGCGUCCAGUGCGGGAAUCUUUUUUUUUUUUUUAUUAGUUUCUUUUUUCUACUGAAGAAAUUAAUAGAAAGAGGAAAAAAAACAAAAACGAAGUAGAAAAAUAACAGGUGUGUGUUUGUCACCGUGCGAAAUCCUGUUGCGCUUCUUAUCGAUCCGAUAUACCACAAAAGUAUUGAGAGGGAACAAUUUAAAAACAAAAAAACUAAUUUUACCCUUGGAUCUUUCUCGUUUGGCUGCACCGCCGUGUUUGUGUGUGUGUGUGAAAAAUGAACAUUCUUCCAGCAGCAGCAGUUGAACAUUCCCAUCGAGUGUUGGCUGACGUGUACGUGAUUCGACCAGCAAGUUUUAUUUUGGCUCUUCCGUUUUUUGUUUGUACGUCAUUUCUUGCGGGCGAUUGUCCGAAUAAACCACCAGCUACCGACCAAACUACCAGCGUCGUGAUGGAUGUUAUUACGUCCUCAAUUUCUUCUUGUGGCUCCUUCUUCACGAAUGUACUCACGAUCUGACCUUUUCGCUGAGCUCUUGGCAUUGUUUUCACGUAUAGAGUGUGAUUGCUCUCAACCGUACCUCUCUCGCGAUUUAUUUUUCUUCUCCCUUAUUGCCGCCACAAAAAUGCUGUGUACAACCGAGACGUGGCGCGUUCACCGUGUCCGGCUGGCCUAGCAUUCGUAUACAGUCUUUGAGCGUCGUCCGAGACGGCCACAAACUCCGCCGGUAUUUGAAAAACACAAAAACAAAAAAUGCAUUUGAUCGAAAAGACGUCAGCAGGACCAACGUCCAGUCCCGAAAUGGCCGAAGGCCAAAGACACAAUCAGCAGUUGCGGGUUAAUUCUCGUCCGUGGGAUUACGACACAGAGGACAGUGGCGUGGACAGCGUGAGCAGUUUGGCCGGUUUGGAAGCGGACAGUGGUCACGCAACGACAAGUGCGGGCAAGGCGAGCAGUGUCGAAUACUCGGCCGUCAUAGUCAGCAACAACAAGGUGAACAGUGUGGCUGAAAGCAAACAACCCGUCCAGCAAAGGAAAUCUUUCUUACACACAGUCUACGGUGGCGCCCAGCAGUCUCGGCGGUCUCCACCGACGCUGGAUUGCAACGCCAACCAGAAUUUAUUGCGCAAGAAUGUGGCCAAUAAGGCGCUCACGAAACGCGGAGGUGUGCACGGUGCGGAACAAAGUGCUGGACACGACAACCGGGCGCUCGAAUCGGCCAAAAAUCAUUUUCUGCAUAGUUUGCUGGACGACGAAGAGACCGUCGGCCUUGACCCGAGAUCCAGCCGAGCGGAACAAACACCUCCGCCGCUUGCAACAGAAUCUCCAGCUUCAUCAACGUCGGCCGCAGCUUUAGAUUUGCUACCCGAGCUGGUCCAACUGCUGGACGCCAAACGAGUGAUGGACGGCGGUUUGAUUGAGCUGGUCGGGCGAGACGGGACGAGGGCCAGUCUUCGGGUGACCUUGGCACCUCCUUCCAGUCCUUCUUUCUGCUCAUCCGCCACAUCGUCGGUCAUGACGUCACGCAAGAACAGUUUCAAUAGCCGUCUGCAUCGUAACUCGAAACGUUCAUCUCAGCGGAGAUGCAAACAGCCAGAAGUUGCAGAAGCAACGAGCCUCGCUUCCAGCAACAAGUCGGCAUCCUCUUCCGGAUCGACUCCGUCUUUGGCCAGCAACUUGUCCAGCGGCGGUACGGGUUUGAUUGGCGUUCAGCGGCCCCGCAGCGUCCGACGCCGACCUUCGCUAACGUCGCAUAAAAAAGUUGUUCCUGGCUUUAGUGUCUCGAUGGCCAUACCCCCGAGCAAAGUAGCUAUUUUGGCCUCGAAAUUCAAUUCGCUCAUCAACGAAAGUCGACGGCACAGCAACACCAGCGCCACCGCUACAACGACGACGCCUAAUCAUAACAACAACAACAACAACAACAAUACGAAUAUCAUCCGCGAUAAGAAAUCAUCGGAUGGCGUUGGUCAACCGGUUGCGGCUGAUCCGGUCGAAAUUCCGGCACCCAAUCAGCGUCCAAUCUCGUCCACGUGGUCUUGGCGUUUGGUUGGACCCACCGUCUCGACGGGCGACUCCGUCCACACCGGCCCCAAGCGAAAUAAUAUGACGUCAGGUGUCGGGAGAAGUCGGCCGAUCGAUACCAUUCCGGAAAUCCUGGAUCCGCCGCCGGAAGAGUCUGACAAAAAGUCGAGCAGCGUCGAUAAACCGCGACGGAAGAGCCACGAUCUCUCUCAACCUUAUGGCGGAAGGUUUCACUCGACAGCCAGGCCGUUGCCUUCAGAUCCAGCAGGAUCUUCUUCGUUGAAGAACCGUGAAAGUGUCUACGGCACGGUGAUGAGCAUCGUCAAACAAGCCAUCCGCAAAUUCGAGAAAUUCGAAGAUGGCAAAGUGGUGGUGGGUUGCGAUUCAACGGGUGGCAAUCCAUCGGCUCCGGCGGCUUGUUUAGAUGAUCAGGUGGCCGCCUCUUCUUGUUCUGUUCAUUACCAAGAACCGACGGCUGUUAUUCCGGAAGGAAUCGAGCCAAACAAUUCCUUUUUGUGGCGAGAUCAGAAGAGUAUGCAGAGUUUGAUCUACGAAGCGACCAGUUUCAACGAACGAGUGGCGGCAACGGCGGCCGUUUGCGGAACGAUGCGGACGAACGCCGAGCCUUGCGACUAUUACGAAAUGGGCAGCAGCAAAUACGACACGCUCCGGUCCCGACAAUCGAACGCUUACGACACGCUUCAUCAUCGAAAUCAGAGUAAAUCAUCGUCGUCUUCAUCCAGCGGCUACGACGAAAUCCAAUCGCCUUGCAGUUUGACGUCGAAUCCGUCCGAUACGGCCACAUCCGUCAAGUACGACGACGUUAAACUGACGCCCAACUGCGUGACUUACGACGAGUUGUCCUACCUCACCGGCCGGAGGCAAUCCAACGGCUACGACGAGCUGAUGCGUUCGCCUCUAUCCACCACCUCUUCCGGCGGGUACAUAGAUCCGGGCAGUAGUUCCGCGUUGGGGUACGAAAGAAUCUUGCCCCCGGAAGAUCAUUUAGCCAAUGCCGAACAGACGGAAGACGAGGACGGAAGUACGUUGCGUUAUGAAGAAUGCGGAUCACCUUCCGCCGCCAUUCAGGCAUCUUCUUCCGUCAUCACUGUGACAGCUCUCCCUGCCAUCGUGUGCGAAGAUCAGUUGGAUAGCAUCAGCUACCUUUACGACGACAUCCGCACCGUCGAUUUGGGAAGGAACAGCAGAGGCUACGGCGGAUGUUAUAGCGGUUCUAAUCAUUCAUACGAGCCCAUUUAUGCCCACCUGGGUGAAGGCACCAGUAAAAUGGGGGGUUUAAAUUCUUCUUCUUCUUCCGUGUCUUCCUCCUUGGCCGGUCAAAACGACAAAUCCAGCGACACACUGUCAGACUCAUCGGUGGAGGGCGUGCACGAAGUUUGCUCCUACAAAUUGACCCAGAUGGGCAGCGGUGCGGUUCCAGACUCGCCCGCGCCCAGUUUGGCCGGAACAUCGACAUCAACUCGGACGGGAGCGGAGCGCCGGAGCGAAACGAGCGACGAAUGGAUCGAUAUUAGCGAUCCGGACGAGCCGGCGUGGACGGUAACGCGCAUUCGCCAAAGGCACGAAGUGACCAACGCUUCCUUCGUGCGUAGAGGGCAUCGAGCCAGCCGGCGUAAACUGUCCAUUCCAAAGGCAAGUGGGCAGCAAUCAUGGUCGCAAACAAUGCGCACCCUAGUCAAGAACGGAUUCAACAAAGCGACGACGCUCUCCAAGCGCUCCGGCAAAGAUAUCCAGCAGCAACAACAACAACAAGAACAGCGGGCCGGUAAAAGCAAGCCGUCGAUGGUAGCGAGUAAUGUUGCCGGAACAAGCAAUGCAGAGGCGCCGUCUGCUACGUCGGCUGUUCAUUUGACCAAGUUAUCGGCCAGGCGACUACCUUCGGCCGAAACGGAAGCCAGCGGAACGGGUAGCAGCCAAACGUGGGAGGACUACGGCGAAAGCGACGGCGAUGAUCUGGUCGACGAUCAUCAUUACGAAGCGCUUUACGAAGUCAUUAAUCCGCGAUUGCAGUCCAGUGGGGCCGCAGCUUCCGUGACACUUUUGGAUCACAACGACGACAGUUUCGAUGAUUCAUUCGAUUCGGAUGACGCUUUUGAAGAAGUCGUGGUUCGAGGAUUGGAUGCAACAUCGGAUACGUCGAGAGAACGUCCUGGAUCGAGAUCAGGUUCGGAACGAUCCAAGGAGAGCGAAGAUCCAUCGUUACGGUCGGGUCAAGUGAAAAUCGGUCGAUUCGCUGAUUUAGCUGGUGAGCAAAUGCGCCGACUGCGUCGUAAUUGGACCACGACCAAGACGGACAUUGGUAAAUCCAUCACGCGCAUCAAGAAGAAGAGCACGGCAAGCGUAGCAGAUUUGAGUGAAGUCUUUAAAGCAUCCGCUUCGAGACGGGAAGUGUCUCCGGAUAAGGGCAACAAUGGAGCAGCCAAUAAAGAGCCGAUCUAUUCGCCAUCGCCGCCAACUUCUCCAGCUCAUCCGGAGGUCCGUCCAAACAGCGGUGAACAGAAGAAGAAAGGCACAUGGGCGAUGCGCCAAAUUCGACGCCGCAUGACUAUCGUGUCACCCACUUACGGUGCCACUGGAAACAAAGAAAAAGCUUCGACUUUCUAUCUGACGUUGACUAUCGAGCAGCCAACGACACCAGUCAAAACCAAUGACAAAAGCCUCAGUGAAACGUCCAGUCCAGAACCACAGUCGACACCCAGUCCUGUGCCACCGUUGAUUAGUCCUCAAUCUUCUGAUUCUUCCAAAGUGCCCGCUCGUCCGAAGAGGAUAUCUUCCGCCUGCUCUCUGGGUCCCCAAUAUCAAUCAACAGUUCGACCUAAAACUGCUCCACCUGCUCCACCAGUUAAAUCCUCGGUAUGGCAACAACAGGCGGCAGCCGAAUCUGCAUUGGCAGCUUCACCUCCUCCGCUGGCCAGCGUUCCAGUUAAAAAGCCUCUGUCAAGGCUGCCAACGGCCUUCAGCGAGAGCCGGAUAGCCGCUGAACGAUCCGUAUUGAUGGAUGAAUACCAAUCGAUGAAUUAUAGCGACAUUGCUUUCGUUACACAUGGACAGAGACCCAAAGACGAAAGCAGUGCUCCACUUACCUCUUUGAGUACACCUUACAGCCGACUGUCUAUGGCCAGCGUGACUUCGUCACGCCAUUCGAGCGAAACUUAUAUGGGCGUCGGUGAUCUGGCUUCUGCGCCCGAACGUUCAACGCUACAGGACAACGUCCGCAAUUAUCUGGAUCUGCAAUCGCCAAUCGAGUCGGAGGAAUUGUACAUUAGCAGUCAUUUCGCCGACGAGCCACUAUAUCAGUUUUACACAGCUGCCAUUAUUGAGCGUGCCACGCAAAACCAAGGAGAUGGAAGCGAAGAGGACGACUAUGAAGUCAUCGGUGAACACCGCCGCAAAGAGGACGAACAUCAAGACAUUAAGGGAUACAAUGCCAAAUUGCCGACAGCCAUGGAACUGGUGAUGCCAUCAAGCGGUCGCAGAACUCUGUGGUGUGAAUUACCUCAAGUCAUCAACAGCGGCCUUUUAGAAACCAUUUCACCGCAACAGCGCAAACUUCAAGAAGCCAAAUUUGAAUUGAUUACGUCAGAAGCGUCGUACCUGCGAUCGCUGAAUGUGUUGACGACCCACUUCAUACAGAGCCGUGAAUUCGCCGGAGAAACAGCCAGCGAAGCAUUGCUCACUCGACUGGAACGUCACACACUUUUCUCCGACAUUGUACCCGUGCGUGAAUGCUCUGAAGCUCUGCUAGCUGACCUGGAACAACGUUGGCAAGAGAACGUCUUUAUUCGUGAAAUAUGCGAUAUCCUCCUGGAACACGCGUCGAAACAUUUCGAAGUCUACAUCAAGUAUUGUACCAAUCAACUGUACCAGGAGCGUAUGCUCAGAGACCUCAAGGAGACCAAGCCACAGUUUGUCGAGUGUUUGCGUCGAUUAGAGUCUAGCCCCGUCUGUCAGUCAUUGGCCAUGCACAGUUUCUUGAUGUUGCCAAUGCAACGCAUCACUCGGUUACCGCUACUCGUAGACGCCAUUUUUCAUCGAUUGGAGAGCGGCACACCCGAAUUUGAACGCUGUCGGAUGACUCUUGCCACUCUGAACAAGAUUGUGCAAGAGUGUAACGAGGGAGCCCGCAAAGCUGAGCGCAUCCACGAAAUGCUGGUGGUGUCCAAUCAGUUGGAUUUUGCCGACGUCAAGGCAAUAUCUAUCAUGUCUGCUUCACGCUGGUUGGUCAAGAAAGGCGAGAUGCAGCGACUCAUGUGGCGUGACAUUGACGCCCGGCUCACGUUCGGACGCAAAAUCCACAAGCAGACAGUCUACGUUUUUCUGUUUACUGAUCUCUUGGUCAUCACUAAAAAGAAAGGAGAGGAUUCUUACGCCGUGCUGGACUAUUGCCCUCGAAACAUGGUUCAAGUGGAUGAACACAUGCGCACGGAAAAACCUAUUGGGAAACCAGGAUCAGAGCUGGGAAAGAAUUUGAUCCUCUUGACGAUGCUGCAAAACCAUGAAAACAAAACAGUAGAAAUGAUUCUCUCUUGUUCGUCUGAAUCCGAUCGGACUCGAUGGCUGGAAGCCGUCACUCCACGGACGUCUGACAAUCCAGAAGAGAAGAUCUACGAAGAAUGGGACUGCCCCCAAGUCCAGGCCAUUCAUCCUUACGUUGCCACUCAGCCGGAUGAACUGUCUCUGGAAGUCGCUGACGUAGUCAACGUCCUGCGUAAAAUGGCAGACGGUUGGUAUCAAGGCGAACGGAUGCGAGACGAUCAGCGCGGCUGGUUCCCGGGCAACUACACAGUGGAAAUCGCCUCAUCUCACGUUCGAGCGCGCAAUCUACGUCAACGCUACAGAUUGCUGGCGCUAUCUGGCAACUUUAUCGAGGAACAAGCUCGUAAAGACAAGGAAGAGAAUAAAAGAAAGAAUAAAAAAAUCAGCAUUAUUCUUAACGAAUGAAUGAAACAUGUUGCUGACAUCGGUUGUGACAUUAAUAGCUGUAAAUCAUCGUUUACGUCUUUAAAUUUUUGUCUGUUUUUCUUUAUCAGACGGGCUUUUAACCAUAUGCAUUUCUCUUUUUUCAUUGAAUUUAUUUUUGUAUAUCCAUCAGUCAAAAGGAGUUGUCAACUUUGUUUACAAGAAAAAAUCAUAUCUCUAAAAUACUGUUUUACGUGUGUGUGUAAAUAGCAGACGAAAUCCAUAAUGCAAGUAAAACCACUAAUCAGAGUUAUUAACUACUUUAAUAGGAGAUUUUUAACAUCUCGUUUUUUCCCUAAAUCCUUUUGUAAUCGUCUAGACCAAUUAUAAUUGAUACGUUCUUUUUUUAUUAUUUCGCGCUACACAUUGUAAAGCUAUAAUUUGUUUUUGCUAGAGGCUGGAAAUGUUUACUUAAAAAUGUAUUUUGUGUACGUCUGUGAAUAUUUUCAUAUUAUCCUUACCGAGAAGCAAAGAGAGCAAGGGAGCCGAGUGUGUUUGUCAGAUAUGUGAUGAAAUAAUAAACAACGCGACGUGUAUUGUUAUA